GAGAGGGGCAGAGAGGAGCGGUUAGAGGUGGGAGUUAGCGUUGCGGGCCGGGCGGAGGCCGCGGAGCUGCGAUGUGGACGGGACCGCGUCCGUGACCGGAGCUGCCGGCCGACAUGAACUCGCUGGAGCAGGCAGAAGAUCUCAAGGCUUUCGAGAGGAGACUUACUGAAUAUAUUCAUUGUUUGCAACCUGCCACUGGACGUUGGAGAAUGCUUCUUAUAGUGGUAUCUGUCUGUACAGCUACUGGAGCCUGGAACUGGUUAAUAGAUCCCGAGACACAAAAGGUGUCCUUCUUCACAUCAUUAUGGAAUCAUCCAUUUUUCACCAUUAGUUGUAUCACUCUAAUAGGCUUGUUCUUCGCUGGAAUACACAAGAGGGUCGUUGCUCCAUCAAUUAUAGCUGCCCGAUGUCGCACUGUAUUAGCAGAGUACAAUAUGUCUUGUGACGAUACAGGAAAAUUGAUUCUGAAACCUAGGCCUCACGUUCAGUGACAGUCCUCGGGCGUCGUUACGGGACCCAGAAGAGCCUUUGUUCAGAUCAACGGUACAGCAAGAAGCCGUAGGGCUCCUUCCGCAGUUGGAUAUGUGAUGGCCACAGCAACAGCUGGCAGGAAGCGUGCAAUAUUCCCCGGUGUCGUGGUGAUGAUGGCUCACAGUGUCAGUGCUUUGGUACCUUGGAUUAUCUGUGUAUCAGUAUUAGUGUCACUUUAGUACUUCGGACCCCGCAAAGGUUGCUGGAGAUGAAGUAUGUAUGUAUGUUACUAAGUUAAUCUUAGAAACAGAACCUCAUCCAGUUUUUAUAAUGUAUUUUUGCAAACUACUGUAAAUAGCAAAUCAAUGCCAGUGUCAAAGAGGAAAAUGUGACGUGGACCCGGUUCCCCUGCACCAGUGUUUCAGGAAUCUCAGCUCGCCGUGUCCCCGGCUCUCCAAAACCAGCUGUCACGUGUAGCUGUGCCUUUCGCUGCCCUCCUCUCUCGGUCACAAUGCAGGAAACCAUCGGGCGGAGCUUACACUGAGGAAUGCUCCUCAUUAAGUUGUAAGAAAUCACAGAUGUUUUGAGAAACAGUUUUUUGUUGAACCAGAUAGUGAACUUAGCCAUUAUUGUGGUGAUAUUUUCCUGUUUCUUGUUCUCAUUUAAUGCUAAAUUUACUUUAUAUUUUUUAAUAAUUUUAAGAACACUCCAGAGGCUCCUGAAUAUACCGGUUUAUUUAUAAAUCGCGUACUGUCUGGGAGUUUGACAGUUGCUGUUUUAGAUGAGUGGGUUUUAUGCUGUGGUUGACGCGCCGCCACCCGGUGGCGCACAGUGUGCCUAGCCGUGCACUGCGGUGCGAGGGGCGGCCGGCCGCGCCGGAGUCCGCAGCUCUCGCUGUUUGGAGAGAGAGUUACUGACAUACUGUGUAUGCGUAUUAGCCGCGUGUACGAUAGCAGCCCUAAAAAUUAAACUGUUGGGAUUGCUGUAAAUAUUUUAAAGAACUGGAGGUGCCUUUUACCUGUUUAUUAGAAGAAAAUUUUGAAAAUGUUUAAAUUAUUUCAAGAGCAAUCUUUUAAAUUUCAUUUGACAUAAAGCUGAAAAUUCAAUAACAGGACAGAAAAUUUUUAACUAGGCUACCAUUUAAUGUAAAUGUGUUCAUCUUGGCUUUCACAUGUAUAAAAUUUUAUUCUUUGAACUGUAGCAAUAAAACCCUCUGUUCCUAAGAGUCUUAAGAGGGUAUUCUAUAUGUGUUGUUUUAUUUUCUGUAAAUUUUGUAGGUAAAUAUGUGCAUAAAAUAAAUACUUUAUAUAU